AUGCUCUUCCCAACUUUCUGGUCGCCUAGUGACACUCCCCUGUACAACCUGGAGCCCUGCGAGCCGCUGCCUUUUGACGUGGCACGCUUCCGAGGCCUCACCGCUUCCCUGCUCCUCGACCUCACCUAUCUCACCUCCAUCCACGAGGACGCUGGGAAGCUGAGCGCCCGGCGCCACGAGAAGAGACACCGUAGCAACGGAGGCCACGAUACGACGACGACGACGGCCGCCACGACAAACGACGACUUCAACAACAAAACUAGUGAGACGGAGCACCAACACAGGGUCUCCCCGGACCCCAAAGACACAACAACAACGACAACGGGGACCGUCACCACGACGACAACCUCUGAUCUGAGAGUGUCACACAGCCUGGACGAGGUCAAAGCCCACGCGGUGCCCAACUCGAAAUCAGAGAGCGAGAUCUCCUCCUGCGCCUUGGACUCCCAACACCAGGACCCCCAGGAGGACAACAGGAGGAAGGGCCACGGUGGCUCUCCCCUCCUCGGGGCCAGUCAGUCUGAGAUCCAUGCGGUGCAGAUGUCCUACCUCUACCUGGGGGCCAUGAAGGCCCUCAGCACACUGCUCUCCUGCUCCAAGUAUGUUGAGCUGCUGCUCAUACCCAAGGUUCAGGCUCAGCCGGAGCCUGCUCCCAGUGGACACAAUGCAGACCUGAACGCCGGGUCCACCCCUAGUGGCGCAGCGCCCUCGCCCGUGUGCCAGGAGGAAGUUGAGAUGAGGGCGGCACUGCAGUUCCUGAUGCGUCACAUGGUCAAGCGGGCCGUGAUGAGGUCACCCAUCAAGCGGGCGUUAGGAUUGGCCGAUUUGGAGAGAGCUCAGGCCAUGAUCUAUAAAUUGGUGGUCAGUGGAAUGCUGGACGAACACUGCAGUGGGGGCAAGUCCAGACCUGCUGACCCAGAGUGUGAGGAGGGUGUGCAGGGAGAGCAGCAGGCCCAGACCCCCAUCACCACCAGCCCCUCUGCUUCCAGCACCACCUCCUUCAUGAGCUCCUCUCUGGAGGACACGACCACAGCCACUACACCUGUUACUGACACAGAGACUGUCCCUGCCUCAGAGUCCCCUGGGGUCAUGCCUCUGAGCCUGCUCAGGCAAAUGUUCUCAAGCUACCCGACCACCACUCUGCUGCCAACGCGUCGUGCCCAGACGCCCCCGGUGUCUUCUCUCCCCACGUCUCCCUCUGAUGAGGUGGGUCGGAGACAGAGCCUCUCCUCCCCUGAGACCCAGACCUCCAGACCAGCCAACCGGACCGGGACAUGUAUGUACUACACACACACACACGUAGACAUACACACACACACGUAG